AUGCAGCUAAAUGUAUGUAGUGGGGGAGGGAGGGAGGGAGGGAGGGAGGGAGGGGAGGGAGGGGAGAGAGAGAGGGAGGGAGAGAGGGAGUGUGAAGGUAACUAAAAGAGAAAGGUCAUGUAUUUUUUAUGAUGCUUUCAAAUCUCUUCUGAGAGGAGAAGUAGACGUGUGAUGAAGAUGAUGAUCCUCUUCCUCCUUCCCCUCGAGUCCAGUGGGCUGUGAUGAUGAUGACGUUACUCUUCCUCCCCCUCCAGAGAGUCCAGUGGGCUAUGAUGAUGAUGAUGAUGAUGUUACUCUUCCUCCCCCUCCAGAGAGUCCAGUGGGCUGUGAUGAUGAUGAUGUUACUUUUCCUCCCCCUCUAGAGAGUGUGAUGGCUUGAGAGCGGCUCCCCAGUCGAGCCUGCCUCCCGUCCCGGGUCCAAACUGUCUGACUGGGACUCCCCCUCUCCCUCCCCCUCUCUCCCCCCUCCCCGCCUGCUACGCCCUGCCUCCAUCGCCAUGGGAGACGGCCUGGAGGCGAGCAGCAGCCUAGACCCCGCCCACCGCCCCCUCUCCUUUAACCCCCCGCCCCCCGAGACAUGGAACCCCUCGAGGCCCAAACGACAGACCAACCAGCUACAGGUAGUGUGUGUUUCUGGAACGACAGAACAACUAGCUUUGAACACUGAUACUGUACUGUUUGAUGGAUUGGUUGGUUGGUUGGUCGGUCGGGUCGGGGCCCUAUAAAAUGUUAAAUUUUUUGCCGUUUCCGUUUAGUUUUUGUCAGUUCUCGCUCUCAAAAUCACACUUUUUUUUUUUUAUAGAACUAAAUUUGAUAUUUUAAAUCCACAUCAAUGCUUAAACCACAUCAGGAGACCACUUUUGAGGUCUGGGAAAGAUCGAAUACGUUUUUAUUUGUGGAUUUACUUACCCUUUUAAUUCAACUCUGCACCAGCCAGAGACUGUUGUUUGGCUGGCGAUGUUUCUGUAGCGCUCAUGGGAUUGCAGAGUUUGCAAAAUAAAUGGCCACUGGAUUUAUGCAAAUCAUGAUAUCAUUCUAUCAGGCAGGCAUAGGCUCAUUUGUAGUUAACAUUUAAUUGCGAAGGUUUUUGGGGAAAGCCUUUCCUUCUACCAGAAGACGGUUGUCAUGACAUUAGCAUCAUCACUAAUGGCUACACAAAGUGGUAGACAAACGUGCACACACAGACAGGGGCCUGUGCCGUUGCCUCUUCAGAAAGCUGAAGGAAAACACCAAUAACUGAUGCAUUUUGAAGUUCAAUACAUUUAGUUGAUUUCCUACUGAGUUCUUCAAUACAUUUUUGAAUAUUGUUUAAUUCUGUUUUAAUGUCUGGAUUCCGUGAUUCUUUCCGCGUCGCAGAUUUAUAGGGCCCUAGUUGGUUGGUUGAUUGAUUGAGUGGUUGGUUGAUGAAUUGGUUGAUUAACUUAUUGAUGGAUAAUAGGUUUAUUUUGUUGCGUUACAGUACCUGUUGAAGGUGCUGUUGAAGACGCUGUGGAAACAUCACUUCUCAUGGCCCUUCCAGGCUCCCGUAGACGCCAUCAAACUCAGCCUGCCUGUAAGUAGUGUGUGUGUGUGUGUGUGUGUCUGGUGGCGGGGGGACAAUCACUUCUCAUGGCCCUUCCAGGCUCCCGUAGACGCCAUCAAACUCAGCCUGGCUGUAAGUACAUAGGAGAGAGAUGGAGGUAGAAAGGGGGUAGAGAGAGAUGGGAGAGUAGAGAGGGGGUAGGACGAGAGAGAGAUGGGAGAGAGAGACGGUAGUAGGAGCGGGGUAGAGACGGAUGUUCCGAGAGAUUUCUUUUCUGUUGGCUAGGGUAGGUAUGAGUCUUUUUUCUCGUCUCCUUUUUUUGUUUUUUAUUUUCUUCUACGCUCUCUUCUUUCUUUUCUCUUUUGUUUCUUUUUCUCUCUCUCUCUCUGUGUUUUCUCUAUAGAGAGGGGAGAAGUUUGAGAUGUAACCACAUUACAUAGAAAAGCUGACAAAUGAACUGCUUCUUUACCUGUGUGAGACUGAGGAGAAUGAUGGAAAUGGUUGACUGAUUUCUGAAGCAAGCGUCUUGACUUUCUUUCCCUCUAUCUCUCUCUCUCUCUCCUCUCCUGUCCAACCCCACCCCUCUCAUCUCUCCCCCUCCAACCCCCCCUCUCUCCUCCCUCCCCCACCCCCAUCUCUCUCCCUACCUCCAACCCUCCCUCUCUCUCCCCCUCUAUCCACCCCCCUCUCUCCCCCCUCCCUCUGUCUCUCUCCUCCUCCCCUCUCCAGGAUUACUAUCAGAUCAUUAAGGUUCCUAUGGACAUGGGGACCAUCAAGAAGAGAGCUAGAGAACAGCUACUAUUGGAACGCCCAGGAAUGUAUACAGGACUUCAACACCAUGUUCACCAACUGUUACAUAUACAACAAGGUACAGUACACACACACACACACACACACAGGAAAGACUGAUAGUAGGGCUAGGGUUAACUGACGUGUGUGUCUGCCUGUGUGUGUGUUUGUGUGUGUUUGUGUGUGUUUGUGUGUGUGUGUGCAGCCUGGUGAUGACAUAGUGUUGAUGGCGGAGGCUCUAGAGAAGAUGUUUCUUCAGAAGAUCUCUGAGAUGCCCCAGGAGGAAACUGAGAUCACCAUGGUUACCAAGGGGCGGAGGGGUGGGCAGAGAGAAGCAGGUACGGGGAGGGAGUGGGUUUUAGUUAGAACUGUCAAAACAAAACUGAUUGUUCUGAUAGCAAGAUUCAGAUGAUUGUUUUCAUUACUAAUGGUGUGCUUCCUCUGGGUGGACCUCCAUCCCCUCUCUCUCUCUAUCCCCCUUCAUCCCUCUCCCUCUCUCUCUCUAUCCCUCUCGCUCUCUCUAUCCCCUCCCUCCCCCACUCUCUCUCUAUCCCCCCUCUCUCUAUCCCCUCCCUCCCUCUCUCUCUAUCCCCCCCCCCCCCCCCCUCUCUCUCUCUCUCUCUCUCUCUCUCUAUCCCCCUCCCUCCCUCUCUAUCCCCCCCUCUCCUCCUCUCCAGGUCUCCUGUCUAAGUCUGACUCGGGCCAGGAUUCAUCUGCCUCCUCCACCCCCCACACUCGAGGUUUCUCCUCCCCGUCGCCGAGCCCUCAGACUCGGGGUCUCCCCGUAUCCCAGGGGCCCCCCACCCUCCCACUUGCCCUCCCCCUUCAGACCCAGCCCCCUCGCGUGCCCCCCACCCCUCCCUCCCACGCCCCCCAGCUGGGACCACCCUUCCCCAUCAGCCCUCUGGAUGUCCUGGCCCAGGGCCUCACCUCCGUACCCCCCCCACCCUAACCCCCACCCCCCAGCCCACCCAGGCCUUCACCCUGCUGCCCUGCCCAUCCUACAGAGCAACACACCCCCCGCUAAGGUGAGGAGACCAGAGGGAGGAAAGAAGGGGUGGGGUAGGGGAGUUUUGAAAGUGUGUGGUGGAGUGGGACGAGGACACAAACUUCUAUUGAUGGAAAUGUGUUUGAAAUAGGAAGUCUCUCUUUCCUCCAGUCAUGCACUGAGAUGUUCCCAUGUACCUUCAUUAUCUUACUAGUAGUUUACUGUCUUUUAUUCCUGGCCCUGGGGACCCAACGGGGACCGUUUUAGUUAGUGCUUUAGUGCCGCACACCUGAUUUCAACUCGUCAUGUGUAGUGCUUGGGAAUGUGUGGCGUUGUCUUGACCUCUAACCCCUGACCUUUAACCCCCCGCAGCAGAGGAAGAGCCAGAAGAGGAAGGCGGACACCACCACGCCCACCGCCAACGACCAGCUCAGCGAGUUGUCUCCCGUGGCGAUGGAGCCCCGCCCCCGCCGCGAGAGCAGCAGCCGGCCGCUGAAGCAGCCCAAACGGGACCCCGCCCAGCCCGACUCCCAGCACCACCUGGGGCUAGGCGGGGGGGUAACCGGGGCGGUAACGAGUCACGGCGGGAGCCCCAAGCGCCAGGUAUUCUUCUUCUAAUAAAACAGUAGAGAAACUGGCCAACCAGAAGGUUCAAAUCAGUGAUGUAUAUAAACACUAGAUGACUGACGGGGUUGAAGGGUUAGCGUUGUAUGUGUCUGUCUGUCUGUCUAGGGUUAGGGUUGUAUCUGUGUGUCUGUAUAUCAGAGGGGUUGGGUACAGCUGAAGACACAUUUCUCAUAUGGAAUAAUAAAGUAUUCUCUGUCUUCUCCUCUCCCUCUCCUCCUCUCCCUCUCCCUCUCCUCCUCUCUCUCUCCUCCUCUCUCUCGCUCCCUCUCCUCCUUCUCUCUCCUCUCUCUCUCUCCCUCUCCUCCUUCUCUCUCCUCUCUCUCUCUCCCUCUCCUCCUCUCUCUCUCCCUCUCCUCCUCUCUCUCGCUCCCUCUCCUCCUUCUCUCCUCCUCUCCUCUCUCCUCUCCUCUCCUCCUCCUCUCUCCCUCUCUCCUCUCCCUCUCCUCCUCUCUCUCUCUCUCCCUCUCUCUCCUCUUCUCCUCCUCUCUCUCUCCCUCUCCUCUCUCUCUCCCUCUCCUCCUCUCUCUCUCUCCCUCUCCUCCUCUCUCUCUCCCUCUCCCUCUUCUCUCUCCCUCUCUCUCUCUCCCUCUCUCCUCUCUCUCUCCUCUCCUCCUUCUCUCUCAUCUCUCUCGUCUCUCCUCGUCGUCCAUCCUCUCUCUCUCCCUUCUUCUCUCCCUCUCCUCCAUCUCUCUCUCUCUCUCCUCCUCUUCCUCUCUCUCUCUUCCCUCUCCUCCUCUCUCUCUCCUCUCUCCUCUCUUCUCUCCUCUCCUCUUCCUCUCUCUCUCCUCUCCUCUCCUCCUCUCUCUCUCCUCUCUCCUCUCUCUCCUCUCUCUCUCUCAGCCUCUCUCCUCCUCCCUCCUUCCUCUCUCACUCUCUCUCUCUCUCCUCUCCUCUCCUCCUCGUCUCUCCCUCCCCUCUCCUCCUUCCUUCUCUCUCCCUCUCCCCAUCCCUUCUCUCCUCCUCUCUCAUCUCCCUCUCCGCCUCUCCUCUCCUCUCCUCCUUCCUCCUCCUCUCUCUCUCCCUCUCCUCCUUCUCUCUCCUCCUCCCUUCUCUCUCCCCUUCCCUCCUUCGCUCCCUCUCUCUCUCUCCUCUCUCCCUCUCCCUCCUCCUUCUCUCCUCCCUCCUCCUUCUCUCUCUCCUCCUCUUCCCUCAUUCUCCUCUCCCUCAUUCGUCCUCUCUCCCUCUCUCCUCCUCCCUCUCUCUUCUCUCUCCUCCCUCUCCUCCUCCUCCUUCCCUCUCCUCCUCCUCUCCCCCUCUCCUCCUCUCUCUCUCCCUCUCCUUCUUCCUCUUCUAGGAGCAGCUGCGGUACUGUGGAGGUCUGAUUAGAGACAUGUUGUCUAAGAAACACGUGGAGUACGCGUGGCCCUUCUACAAGCCUGUCGACGCGCACGCCCUCGGUCUCCACGACUACCACGACAUCAUCAAACACCCUAUGGACCUCGGAACCAUCAAGGUGAGGUCAUCAAAAGUGGACCCUCACUCAUUCAUUCUUAAUUAGAUGAGUCAUGAUGUCAUCAGAAGUGGACCUCCUACAGUGAGGGAAAAAUGUAUUUGAUCCCCUGCUGAUUUUGUACGUUUGCCCACUGACAAAGACAUGAUCAGUCUAUGAUUUUAAUGGUAGGUUUAUUUGAACAGUGAGAGACAGAAUAACAACACAAAAAUCCAGACAAACGCAUGUCAAAAAUGUUAUAAAUUGAUUUGCAUUUUAAGGAGAGAAAUAAGUAUUUGACCCCUCUGCAAAACAUUACUUAGUACUUGGUGGCAAAACCCUUGUUGGCAACCACAGAGGUCAGACGUUUCUUGUAGUUGGCCACCAGGUUUGCACACAUCUCAGGAGGGAUUUUGUUCCACUCCUCUUUGCAGAUCUUCUCCAAGUCAUUAAGGUUUCGAGGCUGAUGUUUGGCAACUCGAACCUUCCGCUCCCUCCACAGAUUUUCUAUGGGAUUAAGGUCUGGAGACUGGCUAGGCCACUCCAGGACCUUAAUGUGCUUCUUCUUGAGCCACUCCUUUGUUGCCUUGGCCGUGUGUUUUGGGUCAUUGUCAUGCUGGAAUACCCACCCACAACCCAUUUUCAAUGCCCUGGCUGAGGGAAGGAGGUUCUCACCCAAGAUUUGACGGUACAUGGCGCCGUCCAUUGUCCCUUUGAUGCGGUGAAGUUGUCCUGUCCCCUUAGCAGAAAAACACCCCCAAAGCAUAAUGUUUCCACCUCCAUGUUUGACGGUGGGGAUGGUGUUCUUGGGGUCAUAGGCAGCAUUCCUCCUCCAAACACGGCGAGUUGAGUUGAUGCCAAAGAGCUCCAUUUUGGUCUCAUCUGACCACAACACUUUCACCCAGUUCUCUGAAUCAUUCAGAUGUUCAUUGGCAAACUUCAGACGGACAUGUAUAUGUGCUUUCUUGAGCAGGGGGACCUUGCGGGCGCUGCAGGAUUUCAGUCCUUCACGGCGUAGUGUGUUACCAAUUGUUUUCUUGGUGACUAUGGUCCCAGCUGCCUUGAGAUCAUUGACAAGAUCCUCCCGUGUAGUUCUGGGCUGAUUCCUCACCGUUCUCAUGAUCAUUGCAACUCCACGAGGUGAGAUCUUGCAUGGAGCCCCAGGCCGAAGGGAGAUUGACAGUUAUUUGGUGUUUCUUCCAUUUGCGAAUAAUCGCAGCAACUGUUGUCACCUUCUCACCAAGCUGCUUUGCGAUGGUCUUGUAGCCCAUUCCAGCCUUGUGUAGGUCUACAAUCUUGUCCCUGACAUCCUUGGAGAGCUCUUUGGUCUUGGCCAUGGUGGAGAGUUUGGAAUCUGAUUGAUUGAUUGCUUCUGUGGACAGGUGUCUUUUAUACAGGUAACAAACUGAAAUUAGGUGCACUCCCUUUAAGAGUGUGCUCCUAAUCUCAGCUCGUUACCUGUAUGAAAGACACCUGGGAGCCAGAAACCUUUCUGAUUGAGAGGGGGUCAAAUACUUAUUUCCCUCAUUAAAAUUCAAAUCAAUUUAUAACAUUUUUGACAUGCGUUUUUCUGGAUUUUUUUGUUGUUAUUCUGUCUCUCACUGUUCAAAUAAACCUACCAUUAAAAUUAUAGACUGAUCAUUUCUUUGUCAGUGGACAAACGUACAAAAUCAGCAGGGGAUCAAAUCCUUUUUUCCCCUCACUGUAGCUGUCUGAGAGGAAGACCAGACAGACUGGAGAGUAGCUUCCACCUGCUCCUCUUAUAGCUCUGAAUACACUGAAGGGUAACACCAGGGGGUUUGGGGUAACACCAGGGGGUUUGGGGUAACACCAGGGGGUUUGGGGUAACACCAGGGGGUUUGGGGUAACACCAGGGGGUUUGGGGUAAUACACUGAAGGGGUAACACCAGGGGUUUGGGGUAAUACGUUGAAGGGGUAACACCAGGGGGUUUGGGGUAACACCAGGGGGUUUGAGGUAAUACGUUGAAGGGGUAACACCAGGGGGUUUGGGGUAAUACGUUGAAGGGGUAACACCAGGGGGUUUGAGGUAAUACGUUGAAGGGGUAGCACCAGGGGGUUUGAGGUAAUACGUUGAAGGGGUAACACCAGGGGGUUUGGGGUAACACCAGGGGGUUUGGGGUAAUACAUUGAAGGGGUAACACCAGGGGGUUUGGGGUAACACCAGGGGGUUUGGGGUAAUACACUGAAGGGGUAACACCAGGGGGUUUGGGGUAAUACCAGGGGGUUUGGGGUAAUACACUGAAGGGGUAACACCAGGGGGUUUGGGGUAAUACGUUGAAGGGGUAACACCAGGGGGUUUGGGGUAAUACAUUGAAGGGGUAACACCAGGGGGUUUGGGGUAACACCAGGGGGUUUGGGGUAAUACAUUGAAGGGGUAACACCAGGGGGUUUGGGGUAACACCAGGGGGUUUGGGGUAAUACACUGAAGGGGUAACACCAGGGGGUUUGGGGUAAUACCAGGGGGUUUGGGGUAAUACACUGAAGGGGUAACACCAGGGGGUUUGGGGUAAUACAUUGAAGGGGUAACACCAGGGGGUUUGGGGUAAUACAUUGAAGGGGUAACACCAGGGGGUUUGGGGUAAUACGUUGAAGGGGUAACACCAGGGGGUUUGGGGUAACACCAGGGGGUUUGGGGUAAUACGUUGAAGGGGUAACACCAGGGGGUUUGGGGUAAUACAUUUGAGGGGGGAGAGGUUCUUUUUUCACCAGAAUUUUCACCAGGCGCAUCGGAAUUCGGUAAGAAGGACACGCUGUUGCAUGUUCUGGUACAUUUUUACAUUUUAGUCAUUUAGCAGACGCUCUUAUCCAGAGCGACUUACAGUAAGUGAGUGGCAUACAUUUUCAUACUGGCCCCCCCGUGGGAAUCGAACCCACAACCCUGGCGUUGCAAGCGCCAUGCUCUACCAACUGAGCUACACGGGGCCAGUUAAGAUGAAUUACCGUAAUCUAAAUGAAUUACCGUAAUCUAAAUGAAUUACCGUAAUCUAAAUGAAUUACCGUAAUCUAAAUGAAUUACCGUAAUCUAAAUGAAUUACCGUGGGUGGAAGCCCUAAUGGGUUAUGCACCCAAUGCAUAUAGGUCCUAUACGUUUCUUAAAUGUCCGGUAGAUUAAAAUGUUUCCUAACGGAAACCCUGGUUGUCACAUCCUCGUGGUGUUAAUUGGUAACCAUGUGUUUCUGUCUCUGCGCUGUGUGUGUUUCUGUCUCUGCGCUGUGUGUGUUUCUGUCUCUGCGCUGUGUGUCUCUCUGUGUCUGCGCUGUGUGUGUCUCUGUGUCUGCGCUGUGUGUCUCUGUGUCUGCGCUGUGUGUCUCUGUGUCUGCACUGUGUGUCUCUGUGUCUGCACUGUGUGUGUCUCUGUCUCUGCGCUGUGUGUCUCUCUGUGUCUGCGCUGUGUGUGUCUCUGUGUCUGCGCUGUGUGUCUCUGUGUCUGCACUGUGUGUGUCUCUGUGUCUGCACUGUGUGUGUCUCUGUGUCUGCACUGUGUGUGUCUCUGUGUCUGCACUGUGUGUGUCUCUGUGUCUGCGCUGUGUGUGUCUCUGUGUCUGCGCUGUGUGUGUCUCUGUGUCUGCGCUGUGUGUGUCUCUGUGUCUGCGCUGUGUGUCUCUGUGUCUGCGCUGUGUGUGUGUCUGCGCUGUGUGUGUCUCUGUGUCUGCGCUGUGUGUCUCUGUGUCUGCGCUGUGUGUCUCUGUGUCUGCGCUGUGUGUCUCUGUGUCUGCGCUGUGUGUCUCUGUGUCUGCACUGUGUGUGUCUCUGUGUCUGCGCUGUGUGUCUCUGUGUCUGCACUGUGUGUCUCUGUCCCCUCAGAAUAAGCUGGACAGCAGGCAGUACAGAGAUGCUCAGGAGUUUGCUGCUGAAGUCCGGUUGAUGUUCUCCAACUGUUACAAAUACAACCCUCCAGACCAUGACGUGGUCAAUAUGGCACGCAAACUACAGGUAAACUACACAACAUGGUUGCUAUGGCACGCAAACUACAGGUAAACUACACAACAUGGUUGCUAUGGCACGCAAACUACAGGUAAACUACACAACAUGGUUGCUAUGGCACGCAAACUACAGGUAAACUACACAACAUGGUUGCUAUGGCACGCAAACUACAGGUAAACUACACAACAUGGUUGCUAUGGCACGCAAACUACAGGUAAACUACACAACAUGGUUGCUAUGGCACGCAAACUACAGGUAAACUACACAACAUGGUUGCUAUGGCACGCAAACUACAGGUAAACUACACAACAUGGUUGUUAUGGCACGCAAACUACAGGUAUAAAACAACACAACAGAUACACAACUACACAAACUACAGGUGAACAACUACAACACAUCUGACAAUCAUAACAAAAAAAACUACAACCAACCAACAGCACUUUCAGACAAAUGACAAGUGUCAACAUAAACAGUGUUGAAUGGUGAAUGAAUAAAUGAUGAACUACAAAUCUCACGGUGCCACGGACUAAAGUUCCCAUAGUUCAUAGCUCUGACCGCUCUCUCUUUCUCUCUCUCUACAGGACGUGUUUGAGAUGCGCUUUGCCAAAAUGCCAGACGAGCUUGAGGAGACGGCCCCCCUCAACACCCCCUCCCCCGCCAUCAACCCCCUCCCCACCCUCCACACCCUCCCUGUUCCCGCUCUCCACCCCCUCCCCACCCCCUCGGCCAGACAGCCCCCUGCCCCCCGACCCCCCUCCUCCUCCGAUGACAGCUCCUCCUCGUCGGAGUCAGAAUCCUCAGAGGGAGGCAUGGAACACGAGAGAACACAGAGAUUGGCUGAACUACAGGAACAGGUGAGGGGGAGAGGAGAUGGGAGGAGAGGAGGAGCAGGAGGUGAGGAGGAGGAGGGGAGAGGAUGGAAGGAGGAGGGUAUAUGUUGCAUACUAGGAGAAGAAUGA